AUUGAUGUUAAUUUGAUCAUUUAGAGUCCAUUAGUCUGUUACGUGUAGGCAUGUGCUUCUUGUGAAACAUUUUGUUUGAUUUAACUAAUGUAAAUUAAACUAGAUAUAAGCGAAACCUUGCCAGUGAUUUACAUUCGGGAGGUCGAUACUGAAUGUUGUCUUGAAGACGCUGGAACGACCUGUAAAUAAACUCUUAAUUACAACAACGAUUUACAUUCUUUGAUGUUAGUAUGCCUAAAGCAACGCCUACCACUGCCAAGUCCGAUAAGAAGAAGGCUACUUCACCGCCAAAGGCAUCGAACCAGGCGACUGAAGUGGAUCAGGGGAGUGACAGUGAACAGGCGUCCGAAAAAUUAACAAAAGAAGAUGGGGCAUUGGUGACCUCAGACAACAAUGCAGACAAUUGUGUAGGUACUUCAGAAUUUACGGUCACCAGACCGUCCAUAGGCACCGUUAUGCUGAAAUGGACGUGCAGCGUCUUGUUUGGGAUUGUCCUCCUUGUCUGCUUAGUUGAGAGCAAGCUAGGAAUUAUGGCCAUCAGCAACGCAAUGAGACAUACUACUGAAAUGAGAUACGUUCGUUUCGUCAUGCUACUUAUUAUGGUGCUCGUGCCAAGCGUAGUAAAUCUUAUUCGGGGCACCUGGCGUGGCGUUUUCGGGCAUACUUUUCCCCCCUGGCCACAAAAAUCUGCCUUGUUAUGGGGACUCUGUGUGAGUUUUUUGGAAGCCCUCGGCCUGUGCCUAUUUGUCUUUCACAUCCCUGGCAUCAAAGGCAUGGACCAGCCUUGUACGGUGAUUCUGGUCAUGAACGGUGUUCAUCUCUGUCCAGCGGUCUAUAACCUAUGGAAGGCCGUCAAAAAAAGGAAGAACACUACAAUAGUGCGAAAUACAUUUGGCCUCACAUUCAUCGGCGCUUUUGUUGUCAUUUGCUUCUGUCUUCUACAAAAGAAUGUAAAGGUGCAGGAUGCUUGGACGGUGCCAGUUGCAAUUGUGUGUCUAUCGUUCGCAUGGACUCCGGCUGUACAACAACAACUCAUUAAGUCACCUGAGAUUAUAUCCGAAUAUCAGAGUAAAGACAUAGAGAUGGAUGUAAAAACGGCGCCAAAUAACGAGUCAUCCCAAGCCAGUACACAAUCGACCCCUUCUCCAUCCAUGAAUGAGAUUAAAGAACGUGAGUCGCCAGAUCAACCAAAAACUGAGCCCCAAAUACAACCCAGUACAGACAAGACUCCGAUCGAUUCAACGCAUCAGACGAAAGAACGUGAGUCACAAGAGCAACCAAAAACUGAGGCUGAACCCCAAUCUAGUAUCAACACGACUCCGACCAAUUCAACGCAUCAGACGAAAGAACGUGAGUCACAAGAGCAACCAAAAACUGAGGCUGAACCCCAAUCUAGUAUCAACACGACUCCGACCAAUUCAACGCAUCAGACGAAAGAACGUGAGUCACAAGAGCAACCAAAAACUGAGGCUGAACCCCAAUCUAGUAUCAACACGACUCCGACCAAUUCAACGCAUCAGACGAAAGAACGUGAGUCACAAGAGCAACCAAAAACUGAGGCUGAACCCCAAUCUAGUAUCAACACGACUCCGACCAAUUCAACGCAUCAGACGAAAGAACGUGAGUCACAAGAGCAACCAAAAACUGAGGCUGAACCCCAAUCUAGUAUCAACACGACUCCGACCAAUUCAACGCAUCAGACGAAAGAACGUGAGUCACAAGAGCAACCAAAAACUGAGGCUGAACCCCAAUCUAGUAUCAACACGACUCCGACCAAUUCAACGCAUCAGACGAAAGAACGUGAGUCACAAGAGCAACCAAAAACUGAGGCUGAACCCCAAUCUAGUAUCAACACGACUCCGACCAAUUCAACGCAUCAGACGAAAGAACGUGAGUCACAAGAGCAACCAAAAACUGAGGCUGAACCCCAAUCUAGUAUCAACACGACUCCGACCAAUUCAACGCAUCAGACGAAAGAACGUGAGUCACAAGAGCAACCAAAAACUGAGGCUGAACCCCAAUCUAGUAUCAACACGACUCCGACCAAUUCAACGCAUCAGGAGAAGCCGUCUGAGCCCACUAUGCCAAUUAAAAACCAACCCAGUUCCGAAUCGGCUCCUCUUAAGUCCGCGAACCAGAUCCGGUCUGAUUAUGGUUCGGGACACACAAGAGAAGAAAACAACAAAAACAAGGCAGACAACACCAAACAGCCGUGUACUUACGAUUCAAGCCGCAAAAAGCCGGAACCGUGGAAGAUGAUCUUCUAUAUAUCGUUUUUUAAGAUCAUCUUCAUCGUGGCGAUCUCACUGUUACUGUUUUCCUUCUUGCUCUUUGAGAAUCGACCAACACUAUCAGAUUUUAACAGUGGUUGGUCGGGAUUGGGGAAAUAUACCUGGACAUCCACCAGAGAUGAUAUAUACUUGUUCACUGUAAAUAUUGUCGGCAGCGCAGUCGGAUACCUGGUCGCCUACAUGGCCUGCACAGCGUGCAUGCAACGACUGGCCUUCACCCUCCCCGUAGUCCUCGCUACGCCGGUCUCAAUACUGCUAUUGACGAUACCGCUGUCAUGUGACUUUCUCAUUUCAGUCAAAGAUCGCGGAUUUGUUUGUGGACCUGAAAGAAACACUCUCUGGCUGACUAUAGCUGCAGCGGUUAGUCUGAUUGUUUAUGAGCUCGCAACCGUGGGCUGGUACCACUUUAAAACUGAGAAUAUCGUCAUGGAGAAGGAAACACAGCUAUUCUUGCUGCCAACCUACAACUCCGCGCUCUUGGAACAAUGGUUGAUUCUAGUGAGGAGAAACAACUGUUACAAAGCCAAACAACAAAGCCCGCUCAAGAUCUUCAUCUGCACAACCAUGUUCAUGGAGGCUACGCACGAGAUGCAACAGCUACUUAAAUCUAUAAAGGGUAUGAUCGAAGCGCAGUGUGAAGGCCGGCUAAAUUUCGAGUACCAUAUUUUCUUUGACGGAGCCGUGGAGGGGCCGAACAGCGACAAGAAAAACAAGUUUGUCGAGCAACUCAUUUCAGAGAUCAAGUCCAUACUAGAAUUGAAGCAACAGGGAGAUAGCGAGACAUCGUAUGGGAGGGCAAUGGUGUGGGAAAAGGAAGAUGGAAAAAAUCUACUUACUAUACACAUGAAAAACAGCAAAAAAGUGAAGAACAAGAAGCGCUGGAGUCAGGUGAUGUACAUGGCUUAUGUGCUAUGGAAAAAACAAAAUGAUAAGCAAAAAAAUGCUUCCAGAUGCGAGACAUACAUCCUCACAACGGACGCUGACGUUAUGUUUACUCCGGACUCUGUGGAAGCUUUACUCGAUCGGAUGAUACGUGACGACUCAUUAGGUGCAGUCUGUGCUAGGACUCAUCCUCUUGGAAGAGGCCUACUCGGGGGUCUACUCGUCUGGUACCAGACCUUUGAAUACGCUAUUGGGCAUUGGUUUCAGAAGGCUGCAGAGCAUGUGAUUGGGACUGUGUUGUGCUCUCCUGGAUGCUUCAGUAUUUAUCGUUGCGAUGCAAUCCAAGCCGUUCUUCCUAAGUAUGCCACCGACGUGAAACAUGCCUAUGACUUCCUCACCAAGGAUAUGGGUGAAGACAGGUGGUUAUGUACACUAAUGGUGCAGAAGGGCUGGAGAAUCGAGUAUUGUGCUGCGGCUGAAAACAGAACUUUUUGUCCCGAUCGCUUUGACGAGUUCUUCAAACAGAGAAGGAGAUGGAUUGCCUCUACACUCGCGAAUAUGAUGAUUUUCAUCGGCGAUUGGAGAACAGUGUCCAAGGCGAACCCUCACAUCUCUAUAUUUUUCUUCGUGUACCAGAUGCUUCUGUUGAUUUCAACGCUAAUAGGACCAAGUUCAGUCAUUUUGGUCGUGUCAGGUGGGUUAAAGUACGCUUGGGACGUGAGGAGUCUUGAUAGCGUCAUCACUCAAUGUGCAGUGUGUUUUGUAUAUACCAUACUGUGUCUCAAUACCUCAUCAAAGAAACAGCUAUGGGUUGCCAAACUAUUGACUGUUCUGUACGCUGUUAUUAUGGCUGUCGUCGUUGUCGGUAUUGCCAUCGACGUGGUCUCUGAUUUCGGAACAGACAUAUCACCAAAUAAGGAUGUAAACGCCACAACAACAUUGAACCCUGCAAUUAUCAGUCCAGACAUAAGGUUCUCUACUACCACUGUUUAUCUUGGAUGUAUGGUUGCACUGUUUCUGGUGACCGGACUUCUUCAUCUCCAGGAGUGUGUUAACCUUUUUCACGGUCUCUGGUACUUACUUUUUCUGCCAUCUGGAUAUCUUAUUUUGACGCUAUACAGCAUCUGUAACAUCACAGAUAUAACAUGGGGUACCCGCGAGGACGAACAACAGCCUCAGAUAUCAACAAACCCUCCUUGGCAUAAAAAUUCAAACUUCUAUUCACACGUCUAUUCUUUUGCUUCUUUAAAGAACAAGAGAACGAAGAGAGUCCGGAUUCCGCUAGUAACAAUAACACUGAGAGCUCAGAGAGCAGCAAUGGAGGAGCAAAUGAUAACGUAUCUAAUAAAGAACUAGAAAAGCUGAUAAAGAAAAAAACAGAAACUGAGUUUUGGGAUGGCCUAAAACUAUUGUGUCUUAACUCCGAGAAUGGAAAAACGAAGACCAAUGAUGAUGGCAAGACGAAUCCCACUAAUGAUGGCAGGACGAUGACCACUGACGUUGGCA